CACGAAGAGAUUUAAACAUAAAGCAAGACUUCAUCCUAGGAGAUGAAACGGAAGCUGUCGGUCGAAAAGCACAGUGUCGACUAAGGGACCGCAGACUCGACGUCCAGGCUUCACCGCAGCUGCUACAAACCAGAAUGUCCCAAACAAAAAAGAUCGCCGAGGCUUUACUCGCCGCAACUGAGCAUUCGAUCGUCCCUCUCACGGCCAAGCAGGUCGCGCAAGGAUCGAAACUAUUUGGUGCUGCUAUCCUCGACAAGGCAUCCCUAUCAACUAUCCUCGCUGAGACCAACAACGAGCGAGAGUCACCAUUACUCCAUGGAGAGAUAAAUUGCAUCCAGCAGUUCUUCAAGCUCCCAAAAGAUGGACGUCCAGAAACUAAAGAUUGCAUCUUCUUCGCAACUCACGAGCCUUGUUCAUUAUGUCUGAGUGGUAUCACCUGGUCUGGGUUCAAUGAAUUCUACUAUAUGUUCACUUACGAGGACAGUCGGGAUCUCUUCGCCAUACCCUAUGACAUUCAGAUCCUGCAGGAAGUUUAUCAGGUUCCGUCUCCCAGUGACACAGAGGAGACAUUGGCAGCCAAGCCAUUGUACAACCGGACGAACAAGUUCUUCAAGGCCAAAUCACUGGCGGAGUUGAUCGACUCGGUUGAGGAUGAGGCGUCCAGGAUGAAGCUGGCGAGUGAGCUUCAGCGGGUUAAGCAGCUGUACAAUCAGUUGAGUGACACGUAUCAAGAAGGGAAAAAGAGUGGUGCGGAGAGCAGCAGCUUUUUCAAGUGAGAAGCAUUGAGGCGGCAGACUGAGUGAGAGUACUCGUACUUCAUCUCAAUUGAUUUACGAGGCUAGGUGUUUUCAAGGCUGGAUUGGAUGAUCAUGACCCCGGACCAAUGUAACCAAUCUCAGCCUGGCUGUAGAUUUUACUCGAAUGAGGAAGAUUUACCGAUUGUGCAUAUCACAUGCGAACUCAGCCUCAACCUGGUUUAUCAUCCUCAUGGGAACUUCUUUCCUACACUUCCGCAGGUGCGCGCAAUCAUUUUGGCUCUGGUCGCGCCGUGAGA